AUGGGUAAUUGUGUUUCUAGUUAGGAUGAUAUCAGAAAUGCAAACAAAGUAUCACCAGUUUCAUUGUAAAAAUGCUUAUAAAUAAAAAAGAACAAUAAAACAUUUCACUUGGAAUCGUGAUUCUCAUGGUUUAUUUGAUUAUGAAAAUAAGAAUGUUAUAAAGGGUUAAAUCAAAACAAAUACAUAACUAAGUAUUAUAAAUAAUUAAAAUUAGUGAGAUUAAUUCGUUAAAAAGAAAAUAUAAAAAUAAUCUAAACAAAAGAAGAGUUAUAAGUAGAAAUAACAUUUAUUGAUAGUAAUUCUAAAAUUAACCAGAUGUCAUAGAAUUACUGAAAUUGACUCGUUAAUUUUCGAAAUAUUAAGUGGAAUCAAGUUUGAAAAUGUAAAAGACGGAAGAUUAAGAAGGAUUGAAUGACAAUUGUCCAUGGAUAGUAGUUAAAUCUACAAAAAGUCAACUAACUGACGGAUAAGUAAUAGGCUUGAUAAUUAAUGAAGGGAUAUGAUUUAAAAGAAGGAGAUUAUGUGAAAUUAGGAAGAGUUAGAUUUAGAAUAAGAGAAAUUAAAUGUUCUGUUGAUAAUAGUAAUUUAAAUAAAGGAAAUAUGGAACCAGAAUUGUAAAAAUACGUAUCUGAGAAAUGUUUGAAUACAAUGAACAUAAAUACAUAGGAAGAAGAUGAUAAAAGAAGUUAAUAAGAUGAACCUUGUUGUAGAAUAUGUUAUAAUGAUUCUUAAACAAAUAAAGACAAUCCUUUGAUUGAUUGUUGUAAAUGUUAGGGAUCUGUAAAAUAUAUACAUAUAUAAUGUUUAUAAACUUGGUUAGCAAAUAAAUUAUCACCUAAAACAACUAAGUUUUCAGUUUCAUUUUAAUGGAGAUAAUUUGAUUGUGAAGUAUGUAAAGCUAUAAUUCCUAGUAAUUAUAAUAAUAUUAGAUAUAUAGGUAGAAUAAGAUAUUAGGAUAGAAUAUUUGAGACAAUAAUAAUACCAAAACCAGAUGCUCCUUAUAUAACAUUAGAAAUAUUGAGUAGGGAAAGGAAUAAGAGUAAAGGAACACAUAUAAUAAGUUUUGCAUAAAAAUAACUUAUAAAAUUAGGUAGAGGUCAUGAUUCUGAUGUAAGAAUUACAGAUAUAUCAGUUUCUAGAUGUCAUGCAUUAAUUAAAUUUAUGAAUUGUAAAAUUAUAAAUUAAAAUAAUAAUAGCUGGAUUUGUUAUUGAAGAUUAAUAAUCUAAAUUCGGAACUUUAGUAUUAUUAAAGGUUCCAGCUUAAAUGUCAGUUGAUAUGAAUAAUAAUAUGGCUAUACAAGUAGGAAGAAGUGUUGUUAGUUUUUAAGUUUCGAAAGAUUGGAAUGUAUAAUCAUGUUGUAUGUAUUCUAGAUUAUCUCUUCAAUAAAUAGGGGAGUUGUAUCAGAAGAUUAAAUGUUAUAAGAUGAUACAGAUUUAAUAGGAAAUGCUGUUGGUGAUGAAGAUUAAGCAUAGAUUGAACAAGAAUUGCAAAAUUUUGAAGAACAUACACCAUGAU